UACAUUAUUUGCAUAAAUUCAUUGUGUAAAAUUUAAUCAUCAACAUAUUGGUGUGAUGGGUAUUCUUCGAUGUGGUAUGCUCUUUAGCAUACUCUCAUACCAGCUACUCGUUAUUGCAGUUGCACAAAACGCAUGUAUAUAUUCCACUGAUACGAAAGGUAUUUGCAGACCGUACGCUGAUUGCAAGGAAUUACAUCACAAAGUAAUUUUCCAAAAUGACGCUUGUGAGGCAAAUACCUAUUGUUGUCCUAAUCAUCUUAUAACGCCGUCACAUAUUAAUAAUAUAAAUAACUACAAGCCAGAACUCAAGCCCAAUCAUGAAAAUCCUCCUUUACCGAAUGAACUGAUUCAUGCAAUUUGGGACGAACCUGGCGAAGACUUCAAUCAACCUCCAAUCGAUAAUACAGCAUUUAUACCAGCUGGCGAUAAUGUAGAAAUUCCACAACUACCUAAACCGGCUUUUAAUGACGAUUGGAAUUUGAACCCUACCUAUGUGCCAGAGGUUCAAGAAGAUCCAAAUAUAAAUGCACCAUGGGGUAAUGGUGAACAAAUAUUUUUACCAAUAGCUGUUCCAGGGGUUCAAGUGUAUCCAGAAUUUCCACAACUACACAACCCGGCCCCGGCCUUUAAUGUCAUUUUCAAUUCGAACCCUACCUAUGUGCCAGAGUUUCAAGAAAAUCCAAACAUAAAUGCACCAUGGGAAAAUGAUGAACAAAUAUUUCCACCAAUAGCUGUGCCAGGAAUUCCAGUGCAUCCAUUGCAUCCAUCAGUAGCUAUUCCAGGUCGUCAAGUGAGCUCAGUAAAUGAUUUACUGAAAUUUCCAGACAUUGGAUUACAUCCAGUAUAUGCAUCUACAACUGCUGUCGUCACCGAAAGUGCUACUCAAACUACGCCAAAACCAAUAACUACGACUACUACAGAAGCAAUACCAGUUUUCGAUGAGGAGUUCUACAGACGUUUAGGCUUAGCUUUCGGUAAUAAAUACAACCAAUACCAGCAGCAAGACGUUGUUACGCCACAAAUUGACGUUGAAACUUCAACAGUGAAUGUAAUAAUCGAAGAAGUUACAACGAAUACUUCUAGUGUGAUGAGCAAUUUAAACCAAUUGGGCUUGUAUAAAUUAAGCUCGCAGAAGUGUGGUUUUGUACAUGUUGAAAAUGAUCCGUCGGAGAGCAAUACUGAGGCGCAUUUACUUGAAUUCCCCUGGUUGGCUUUGUUGCGUUAUGAAAGCGGGAGUAGAACUCCAAAUUUUUCUUGUGGUGGCUCGCUGAUCACCGAACGUUGGGUGCUGACGGCAGCAAGUUGCAUACGGAAAACAUUAAUCGGCGUACGCUUAGGUGAAUAUAAGAUAUCAACCAAAUCGAACAAGGAUUGCGUACGAAAUUCAUGUUCGGUUUAUAAGGAUUAUAAAAUAGCCAUAUCAGUAAAACAUGCGGAUUAUAAACCGGAAACGGGUGUCAAGGAUAUUGCACUAAUAAAAUUAAGAGCGAGAGUUGAUAUGACUAAAAAUAUAAAAACGAUUUGUUUACCUACAAAAGUUGAACAUUUCAAUGUGCCCUAUGAUAAUACGCCUCUCACAAUGUCCGGUUGGGGUUUGAACAAAACAGGUGCCACCGAAGUGAUGAAAAAGCACGCUAUUAACCGCAGUAAGUCACGAGUUUGCCAACAAGCUCUACCAGAACAGCAUGUGCAUCAAUCUAAGCUUUGCUUAACCACACGCUAUGAGGAGCCCAGUACUUGCAGCGGAGACGACGGUGGUCCCAUUAUAUGGCUGGUGAAUGAUAACACUCAAUUUUUUACACAAAUCGGCGUUGUGCCAUUCGGCAUGGAUAAAUGCGGCGCUGCUGAUGGUAUUAUUUCGGCUUAUUAUGUUGAGAAUGUUGCCGAUUCAAUGGAUUGGAUUACGAAAGUUAUUGGCGAGGAUGAGUGAUGGAGCAAUAUGAUUUAAAAAUGCAUGUUUCGAGUUCAAAAGUAUAUUUAUAAAACUGAAAAAUAAAAAAUAUUUAUAUUUAAAAAAUAUAGGAUGAACUAACGUAAUCAAAA